CCCCAUGUUAACGUCACAGGCUCCGUACUGCUCACUGAGCCCGUUGAGGCGAACACACUCCCUCGAUUUCACAGCAGCAUUGCAAUUCACGGCAAAGAGUUGCAACACAUUGACAGUUUCGGUAGCUCGACAAAUCGCCUUGCCAGAUAGCGAUGGCGGCGCGAUGGGGAACAGGAAUUCGGAACGGCUUCCUCGGCCAGUUCUCACACUACCUCAUCCGCUACGCAACAUGGAUCCCUCCAUUGGUGGUCUUUAACGGUUGGGUUGCUGAGAUCACACAAAUCAACGGGCCGUCCAUGUAUCCCUUCUUCAACCCGCACCACAAUGAGUCAACGCGCCGGGACAUUGUGCUGGUCUCCAAGUGGUACCCGGACCGGAACCUCAAGCGCGGCAUGAUUGUGACCUUUAGAAACCCACUGAACCCAAAGGGAAAGGUCGUAAAAAGAGUAGUCGGAAUAGCAGGCGACGUGAUCCGUACAAAGGCGCCUUAUCCGCAUGAAUACGUCCAGGUCCCAGAAGGGCACAUUUGGGUGGAGGGAGACGGCGACAAGACCAAGGACAGUAACUACUACGGCCCGAUAUCAGCAUGCUUGGUCACGGGGCGCGUCACGCAUAUCCUGUCGCCGUGGGAUCGAUUUGGACGAGUAAAGUGGUGGGAGCAUAACCUGCGACCGGGUAUCAAGAAGGCACGCCAUCUGCUGGAGUGAGCCAUUCUUUGAGGAUGUCCACCUUGUUGUUUGCGUGAAUGGGUCACGUCCACACAUGCUGCUUUUUUGGGCGCACAGACAGUUCUUUUGGGUUUGACGAUGAGAGGAUGCUUGUCGUUACCAACAUAAGUGGGAAAUGACGACGGCCGCAGGGGAAGCAAAGGAGGAAACAGGAUCAGUUUGAUUGCUGGACCACAGGGCCUCUGUUUGUUUACUAUGUCUCAGGGGGUGUUGCUGUACAGAAUAUUCGAGGGGGACCAAUGUUACGUGCGGGUUAACGAAACGCACGAGCCACAUCGAUUGCUGCAUGAACCCUGCAACGGUGCGCCCGAAAAAAACGGAUAAGCCAGUCUUGGCAUUCGCAAAGGCGCAAAGGCGGCCUCGAAAUUUAUCAAGAAACU